AUCCUGUGAGGAUUUGAAGCCUGUAUUUCAGGAUCCUGUGAGGAUUGGAAGCCUGUAUUUCAGGAUCCUGUGAGGAUUUGAAGCCUGUAUUUCAGGAUCCUGUGAGGAUUGGAAGCCUGUGUGAAGGGCUUGGGUUCGGGUUCGGUUCUCUGUGGAAGGGUUGGCCGGCUCCCAGCCUCUGGGUAGCGGCUGAUGCCCGAGGCGCUGCUCGUGAGGCGUCACCGAGAGAGUGACGGAGCUGAGAGAAAACCCGCGGCUUCAGGAACAGGAGGAGGAGGAGAGUCACUUACCGGACACACACACACACACACACAGAGAGAGAGAGAGCGGCGGCGACAUGCAGUUGGAGAAGCCCAGCCCUUCGAAGAGCAGGACCAGCGGCUUCUUCCUUUCUCUCAACCCACUCUUACAUGAAUUGCCCAGUUAUCAAUCGCUAAUUCGAAGGACUUCAGCUGGUAAAGGUUCAACCAAACGGAGAAACACGGUCCCCAGUUAUUUGUUUACUUCACUAACUCAUAGAAGAACUGGUUCAGAUGAGUUAGAACAGAACAUUGGGCCAUUGCGAGAAAUGCCUGUUAGCAUUGAAGAGAAGAAGCGAAUCAGAGCUAGUCCAGAUUAUCAAACAUACAUGUUAACAAAAUACGAUCAAGGCCGUCUAUUUAGAAAAAGGGCAAGAUUUAUUCAAACUGUCAAGGAGCGUUUAUCCAGCCUGUAUCUUUGGAAAACAGACAUUCAUGAUAUUGAAGGCAAAUUUGGCACUGGAAUCCGAUCUUACUUUUCCUUUCUUCGUUUUCUGGUUUUGUUGAAUUUUGUGAUAUUUCUUUUAAUGUUUACCCUUGUCACACUUCCAACCAUCAUUUCAAAGCACCAAGUUGUUAACACUACAUACGCCGAAGUUCCAUCCUCUGUAGUAGCUCAAGAAUGCACAGUGUAUGAACAGCCUAAAACCAAGCUUGUCCUUUUCUAUAGUUACGUGAUUAAUCUUUUCUCAGGAACAGGAUUCUUGGAGCAGACAUAUCUAUUUUAUGGAUUUUAUAAAUUUGAUUAUUUGAGUUCUGGCAAUUUUCACUAUAACCUAUCACUUGCAUACUUCAUGGCAACGUGCUUCUAUAUCCUAUUGAGCUUAUUCUGGGUAGUGAAAAGGGCUGUGGAAGGUUUCAAGCAAAGCUUCAUAAGAUCUGAAGAUCGAUUUCAGAGUUUUUGUAAUAAGAUUUUUGCUGGUUGGGACUUUUGCAUCACUGACCAGCAUGCUGCAGAGCUGAAGCAUAGCAGUCUCCAGUAUGAACUGAAAACUGACUUGAACGAAGAAAGAAUGAAACAGAAGAUUGCUGAUAGGACGAAGAAGGAAAAGUUCAGAAUCUACCUCUUGAGAGUUUUCUUGAAUUUGGUAGUUGUAAUGAUAUUGUUCAUUUGUUUUUACUGCAUUUACGAAACUACUGUUUUCUCACAAAAAGCUAAUAAAAGGGCAGGUCAUGUUGAAGCCUUCACAUCCGAUCUAGUAGUUGAGUACCUGCCAUCUAUUGUUAUAACAGCAGCUAACUUUAUCACACCACGUCUGUUUGAACGAAUAAUUCAAUUUGAAGACUAUUCACCGGCCUUUGAGAUAAAAUUUAUUCUUAUUAGGUCAGUGUUUGUGCGAUUGGCUAAUAUCAUUGUUCUUUUGCUGAGCUUGUGGUCACAAAUCACGACUUGUGAUGAUGACGCGUGCAAACCAUGUGGCUACAACAACAAAUUGUAUCCAUGCUGGGAAACCCGAAUAGGACAAGAAAUGUACAAGUUAAUGAUAUUUGACUUGAUAAUAAUUUCAUCAGUUGCAUUGUUUGUGGAAUUCCCCAGAAAGUUAAUUGUAACAUAUUGCACAUGGGCCCCAUUCAAGUGGUGGGGUCAACAGCAGUUUUCAGUUCCUCAAAAUGUGUUAGAAAUUGUGUAUGGUCAGACUAUCUGCUGGAUAGGAACAUUUUACUCCCCAUUGCUCCCUGGAAUAGCAACCAUCAAAUACUUCAUCAUAUUUUAUAUCAAAAAGAUAUCUCUGAUGAACAACUGUCGCCCUUCCACCAGACCUUUUCGGGCAUCAAGCUCUAACUUCUUCUUUCUGGCAGUGCUGUUAAUUGGACUUCCCUUAGCCUGUGUGCCUAUUGUUUUCAGUGUUGGAGUGAUCAAAUCAUCCAAAUCUUGUGGGCCAUUUGUUAAAUACAAUAUAUCAUGGCAUGUCAUACCAGCAACCAUCGACCGUUUCCCCAAGGGCUUUAACAAACUUCUGUAUGGUUUGGCAUCUGAGGCUUUUGCAGUGCCAUUCUUUUUAUUUGUAUGCCUUAUCCUUUUCUAUCUGGUUGCGUUGGCUGGAGCACAUAAACGAGUCAUUGAUCAGUUGAGAGAACAACUGGCUAUGCACGGUCGUGACAAACAGUACCUUAUCAAAAAACUGACUAGAGAUUCACUCCAUUUGAAGAACAGAUCUACCACGUCUACCAUUCAAGAAAACUGAAAUAAGACCAUUUCAAAGGCAGCAUUACCUUGAUAAGAGAGGUAUGCUGUGUGUUGUGAUCACCUACUACGUCAGGAACUUUUCUUCCAUUGUACACUUAUAUUGAAAACCCUUCCUGAAUGUUUUGUUGCUGAUCAAGGUAAAUGAUCACUAUAUAAACAUUUUUGGAGGUAUCACUCAUAAAAUUUCUUAACUUUUGCCUCUGCUGUAUUAAAAAUCAUAUUUUUAUGGGCACAAGUUCUUGCAAAUAUUCAUUUUUCGUAAAUCAUUCGGGAAACUUCAAAAAAUUAGCAUAUUUCUUCUACUUGUUUCUCUUUUUGUACAUCUAAUGGUAGUUAUACUGUUAUUUCCUGUUUAUUAACGGAUGAUGCCUUUAAUAUUUGUCUACGUAGCAGUGGAAGAAUGUCUUAAUACUGUGAAAGAAGCACAAUGUUUACUAACCAAAUACAUCACUACAAACUGCUAUCCAGUUCUAUAACAUCUAAGACAAACAAAAACAAAGUGCUAGAGAAACUCCGCAGGUCUGUGGAGAGAGAAACAGACUUAACAUUUCAAAUCCUUCUUCCUUACAACUGUCAUGGAGUUAACGUUUUGAGUCCAGUAUGACAGUUUCGAAGAAAUGUCAUACUGAACUUGAAAUGUUAAGUCUGCUUCUCGCUCCACAGGUGCUCCCAGACAUGCUGGGUUUCUCCAUCCCUUUUUUUUGUUUCGGACUGCAGGAUUUUGCUUUAGAUUGUGUACCAACUACAAUGGUGUUGAAAACUUUGCUUCAAAACUUCUAAUGAUUAUUUAUUUGAAUAUGCUGUCUCCUUUCCUAUGCCAGUUUUUGCAAAUCCCACUUGUUUGUGAAAUUUAUUUUAAUGUCUAUUUUAAUGCUACUACAUACUACACAACUGGUUUUCUGGGAGACUGUGUAGAAAAUAUGUAAUCGACACAAUGAUGGCUAUAGCUGCUGUGGCUGCUCAGAAUGCAGAUAUUUUACAAUCCCAUCUCCACAUUGGGCAUAAUUGAACUUGAGUAUCCUUGGUGAACUCCUGUUGUUGCAAGCAUACCUAAUAUUGCACCUUAGCUCCAAUCUAAAUCACAUGCAAUAUAACAUGAUCUGCAAUUUCUUGCUACUCGCACCCAAUUCUAUCAGCCUUACAGAUCUAUAUGUGCCUUUAGUAAAUUAUGUAGAUGUCCUUACAGUUUGUGAUUAAAAAUCAGUAAGAAAAACCAGCUGUUGAACUGCUUUGUUUACAGCACACUGUAGCUGGAUAGCUUCACUCAAUAGCGCUGGUUCCUAAAAAAAAAUAAAAAUUAAGGGAUUUUCUUCCAUAAUUUUGUAAACAUUUACACUGUACUUCUGGCAUUUCCAUACAUUAUUUGCUGAGGUUACAGUGGACAACUAGGAGAACCUUCAUUACCUACAUUAGUAAUAUCUUUGUAAAACAAACUGAGAUUAAUGUAGUUAUGAAGAGAAGUGUGCAUUUAUCCAUCAAUUUAAUCAGUAUGUCCUAUUUUAGAUUGAUAGGAUCUAGCAAUAGAUUUAAGAUUGCUUAUAGUUUGCACUUGCAGUGUCCUCUUCUUUCCUUUAAUGUAGUUCCCGUCACAGUUUGUUGAUAAUGUGUAUUAGUGUGAAUUAGCCUGUUCUCCAACUUGAAAAUAUCAACAGUACAGGAAACUUGCUGGUAAAAUUAUUGGGCCUGACCUUGCUGUAAAAUGUUGUUGUGUUACCACUGCAGGCCAUUAUUUAUAUCCUAUUCAAUCAUCACAUUCAAGGUUGUUUAGCAAGUUCCAAAUCUCCAGAAUUUGCUGAUCAAUUAAUGCCACUUUUCACAAAUAGCAUCUUGUUCUUUGCUAUUCUGUUUCUUUUUAAAAGAUACAAACCCAACAAGUUUUGAAAGAAAUACCACCUAAGGGCAAGGAGUUAUUUGUGCAUAGGAAGUGAUGUUAAUUAACAGGAAGAUAAAUCUGCUCUUUAUGAUGUAAUUUUUAAAACAAUAACAGAUGUUAAUGUAAUGCUAAUUAAUAUCAAUAUCAGAAAUGAAUCAACUUGAAGUGUCCAGCCUCAUUCCUGCAUGUAACCAAUUGUUGAAAGAGAUAUUUAUUUUUUUUAACUUUCUUUUCUUAUUCCUUUGAUCAUCUUACUAUAAUCGUUUUUUCUCUGUUCUGUUUCUGCAGAUGAUUUAACUCUUAUUCACAAUCCUUUUCUCCUUUUAUGCUGUUUCUUUCUUGUUCCUAAAAUCUCAUUGGAUCAACAUUGUUGGUCUCACUGUUCACUAAGAUGUCCGAGGGCCUCAGUGCUCCAUUAUCCACUGCAGCAAGUCAUGGUGUGAAAAUAUUUUAAGCUAGGGAAAGUCUGACUGUUGACCUGUACCACAAACUCCAGUGAAAUAUAUCCCAUCACAUCACGUUUCAAUACAAAUCAAGAGUAAUUUAAGAAAAAAAAUGACAAAAAAAUGUUGUCUUAUACUGUGCACUUCUGAAAUGGAGCAGAAAAUGUCCUAAGGAAACAAUGUCUAAACCUUAACUGAUGUGAGCAUGGUUUCACUUAACAACAAUUGCACUUGUUGCCUAAAAGGGGCAUAUCACCUUCACCGAAUAAUGCAAAAUAUUCUAUUGAUGCUGUCAUAAAACUAUGUGUAUACACUACAAUAUUUGUGAAGACUAUCACACCAUUUUGAUAUAACUGCUGAAUUUUACUAUGGUAUAAAAACUUUGUAGUUCGCUCUAUAGUUCCACAAACAGUGAAUUGUCAAAUAAUUGUCUGGUAGUACAGAACUUUAAUACUGAUGGAAAGAAGAGACAACCUGAUGAAACCUUUUACUUUGUUAGCUCCUUUAAUUGGUAUUCUUGUGAAAUGACCUGAUGAGUUGAAGACAGAAAGCUUUGACAAAAUGUUUCUUUUUCAGCAGUCAUGAACUUUAUCAAUGACAGAGAAAUAAAAUUAGAGCACCAGUGGCGACACUUGUAUUAGUCAACUUGUGUGCUUUAGCUGAAAACUAAGAAAAAUGUCUAGUUGUAUUAUUAGUCUGAAAGGAGUUUAAGAAAACCUCUGGAUUAACAUGCUCACAUUGGGAUUUUUUUUAGCAUUAGGAAAAGAGUUUUGAUUCCAUUCUUUCUAACAUAUCUUUUGGCCAAAGCUUUCUUAACACAGCCACAGACUCAUGGACUAAAUAUUUUAGUUCACAAUAUAUCCUUCUGUAAUAAACAUGGGGCCAAAUCUUCAGUCAGCAUCUGACCUGCUGUGUCUAAGCCGAUCAGUCAUAAAACUGCACAUUUACCUGGUUAUGUUUGGAAGGAUCCAACUUCAAAUGCAAUAUCUUAAAUAUCUGUGAGUACAGAAACCCUGUCAGAGAUCUGUAAAGAGGAUCUGCAGAAGAUAACCCCCAUCUCCCAACUUUCUAUACCACCACUGUUGGUGAAUGAUGAAUAAGGGUUAUAGGUAGGUAGGUUGGAAUGUGAGGUAUUUGGUUAGGUGGUUCCAAAAGUAGUCGGAGUGGGUUAGUAAGGCUAGUUGGGUUGUGGAUUGAUCAGGUUGGGCGAAGAAGGUAGUCAUGUCUGGUUGGAUCAUAGUCGGGUUGCAAUGUCAAUGGUAGUCAGCUUGCAGCUAUCCUGGCCCAGGUUAUGAGGGAUAGCAUAGUCUCGAAGGGGUGUCUGGUCGAUGGAGGCCAAAAAGUUAGUUGAGGGUGUGUCAGAGUGGGUCACACUUGGACAGUUGAGUAAAGGGUAUGUCAGGAGGUGUCAACAUGAGUGAUAGGGGUGGAGAGGGAAUCAGUUCUGAAGUUACUGAGGAGUUAGACUAGUUCUUCUAUGUCUAAAAUUUCCUGGGUAACUGUUCAGUUAAGUGCCAUGGAUUUGUCUAAGUCUGACUAUUAAUCUGAGACUUUUCUAAAGCCUUCCAGGGUGAAGUUUAAACCGUAUUCAGUGUGUCAGAAUGUCACAAGGGUCUUGGCAUAUAUCUUGGAUUGUACGUCUGAUCUCAAAUGUUCUGGAGAGGGGCAAGGUUUGGAUCAUAUUAUAUAUGUCUGCUUAAUAAGACUUGUAAAUGUAAUUAAAUGAUUCUUUUAUCUACUAACUGCAUUAAUUAUCUUCAGUAUAACAGUUUCUCCAGAAAACUUAUUUUAUCAAAAAGUGCUGUUAUUAUUAUUGCAUAAAUGCCUUAUUAAAUUACAUUUUGUUGUGACAUUUUUGGGUAUUUAUUUACAGAAUAUCUUUGGGACACUUUUUUAUUUAUGAGAUACCAUAGCUUCAGGUGAAAUUUUUUUUGGAGUAAUGGGUUAUUAACAAAUGCAUAUUGCAAGUUAUUGCAUGACAUGUUCUUCAAGUCUUUCUAUUUCAAGAAUAUGUGUACAAAUAUGUACAUAAGUCUGUAAAAAUAUUAAAUCAUUAAUUUUACACAAAGUUUUUCAAACAAUUUAUUGUAUUAUGAAGUUUGACUAUCCUAUACUGAAAAAAUGCUUAGAUAAAACAAAAUAUUUCAACGUAAUCAAAAAGAUAGAAAAAACAUUUUUAUUUGACGUAAUUUUGGAUAUCAAGCAGGACCAGUAACAAUGGUGAUAUAAUCUUUAAUUUGGUUAUGGAAUGUAAUUAUACCAACAUUUCUCACAAAGUAUUCUUAAGUAAAUAUUCCACUUACAAGCUUUUAGCUCUGUUACUUUACAAAAUAUAGAAAGCUAUUUCUUGGACAUAAAGAUAUUGAGGGGCAAAAUGCUGCAAACUAAACCUUUACAGUUAAGGACAGCCAAAACAGUAACAACGAAAAUGUGGAGAAGGUGAUGGUGUGGCAGUGGCAGCAAAGUCAUCUAUGUCAGAAGAUGUUAUUGUACCUAAUAACAGAGUACAUGUUGUACUCAACCAGUCCAUAUCUGCAAAAUUAAAAACUACACAUUUGCAAUUGGCAGCACCUACUAAACAAACCCGAGUGCGCUAAAAAGCUACACGAACAACCAAAGUAGGACAAACAUUCAAGCUUAUAAUGUGGCUCAUUUACACUUACUAGAACUGACUCAGGUACUUGUCCAAUGAAAACAAAAGGAAUAUGUUGAAACUUCCUGCAUUUAUUGAAUUACCCUUGAACUUAUGAAUAUGAAUUGGAACAGCGAUAGGUCACACAAUCCCAUGAGCUUGUUCUGCUAUUCAGUCAGAUCCUUAGUGAUCUGAUUACACCAUAUUCUUGAGAAACCCUGAUAACCUUUCGCUCCCUUGCUAAUUAAGAAUUUACCUACCUCUGCUGCAAAAAUAUUCAACAACUUUUCUUCCACUGCCUUUUGAGGAAGUGUUCCAACAACCCAUGGCCCUCUGAGUAAACAAAAGCAUCUUAUCUGCCUUAAAUAGGUGACUCUGACUUUUUAUUUACUGUUUUUGAAAAAAGAGUGCUAAAUAUUUACAUUGAAAUUGUAUUUCCCUUUUUGUUCUUUGAGUUAAUGACACUAUGCUACUCAAUAUUAAAUUGUAACUAAUGCUUGGACAAGAAAUGGAAUUGUGUAUAGCUGAAGAGUAAAAUUAGAACACAGGUUGGGAAAUACUUUGUACUUUGUAUGAACUCCAACUUGUAAAAUCUGUUCUUAUUGAUAUUUGUUAUUGAUCUGUUCAGAUAUCAAAAAAGAUUCACUACUUAUGCCUUCAUUUCCAUUCAUAAUGGUGUGUGCUUGCAUUAUUUCUCCCACUAUCAAAAUGAAUGGAUAUAAAAUGUUGAGUUAAAAAUUCUGAAAUUUGGAGCUGUUGAAAUGAUGUAUUUGGUACUGUUUUGUAUUGUACUUGAUCAUUUCCAAUGGAGAUGCUGAUUGACAAAGUUGAAGGUAUGUGCUCUGUUACCUGAUAUAUCAUUAUUCCAAAUUCCACUUUGAAAUCUCUUCACCAUAUUACAGACAGAAGAGCACUGAUAAAAUUACUGACAUUUAGC